GCAUUAGGUACCACAGCAGUUCACGUGUAAAAAAUUAAUUUUUGGAGGUGAUAUAUAGCGAAUCAUGCAAUGAAACUCCGCAAAAAUAUUAGCAAUAAAAUAAUCUUACCUAGUUGAAGAUGAAUCAUUUUGGGAACUGGAUUGGUGUCCAUCAGGUUACAAACUGAAGACAAAUAAAAACAUUUCAGAGUGAAGAUAGAUACAAUUCUUCGAGCAUCGAUAGUGAGGAUAAAUAUGCAAAGAAACCAAAUGCGUCAGUGACUUUCGUAGAGAGCAUGCAGAUCCACGUAUCCACAUGAUAUUGUCUGGAGUUUGCAAAAUUACCAGACAUUGUUGAAAAUUGCUGAGACCUAUUUGUAUUUAUGUGACUUUACGCACAUAAGUUACGGGAAGAUGUGGGAAAUUACAGGGACGUUGGUGGUGAUGGCUGAAGUGAAGAUUCCCCUGAGGAAACUACCAGAGGAGGAUCAUCCUAAACUGGUGCACGAGGUCUACAAGACACUCGUGAGUCCAAAGGAGAGUGCGUUAGGCAAGGACUUCGGCAAGAAGGCGGUUGGAGAGGUGGACACAUACUUUGCUGGACAAAUUGUUGUCCUUAAAGAAACAGAGGCCAACCAUUUCACCUUAAGCUGCAUGAAGGAGGUGAUCUUGGCGUUCGGUCUCGGUGACGUCAUGUUUAUCGGAGCUGUUGAGGGAUGCAUCAGUAGAGUCAUUUUCGUAGCACGCAGUCAGAAUUUUGGCCGAGUCGCUGUGGUCUUGCAGAUGGAAACUCCCGAAGACGCUGUUAAGGUUCGCGAAAAGAUCGGACACAACAAGAACCAAUGCAAGUCUGAAAGUCAGGAGAAGAGUUCUUCGACUUCAUCCAAUCAGAGUGUGAUCAUGAAGUUGACAAAUUUACUCAGUCCACCUAGUAAACCUGAGACCACGCCACCAAAGGAUAGCCAACAGGUUGGGUACUACGAAGUUGUCGAAAGUUCUGACGAAGAUAAUUGGUAUGAGCCAACAUUGGAUAGAGAUACUGUGCAGACGCCAGUUACAGCGAAAAUAUCAACGACUUCAGUUCCAGACAUACAGGCUCAAAUUGAAGCAGAAAUCAACUACAUAUUGACAACAGAAGAUACAUACGUCAAGCUGCUCAAUACCCUUGAAGAACGUAGAAAGGACUUGGCUGCUAACUCGGAUACACCCAAGUUCGUUAUCAAGUGGUUGAGUCAGUUAUUCCGACAAGUGAAAUCUCUAGAAACAACUCACGAAAGUCUAUUGCAGAGCCUCGUAGAAGCUAAGUACGACAUUACAAAGUUCAGUGAGGCGUUCGUUAUUCAUGAGAAACAGUUCCGUUUUUACGUUUACUAUAUUGAAAAUAUCCCGACAGUUGAACGAAUCUUGAAUUCGGAAGACUGUUCACCCUAUUUCAAAGAAAAAAUGCCAGAACUUAGAGAAAAACUAAGACAGCCUCGACUGAGAUUGAACCAUUACGUAUUAAUGCUCGAGUCACUCUACAAAAAAGUUGACUCUCAGAACCAGACCGCUCUUCAAAAAGCUAUUGACAUGUGCAAAUCUUACCUCAAGGAAGCUGACCAAGCUCUGUUUUUGAGCACAAUCAAGAACUGUCCAUCAUCUAUGCAGAAGUCAACAUGGGGAAACCUUAUCCACAUGUCAGAAUUACAAUUGGUGUCUUCGCCUGAUCUGCCGAGAAAAUAUUUCACGUUGGUGCUUUUUGAAAAGAAGUUAUUACUCGCUCGCGGUGACAGGGAUGACUUGGAGUUUGUGAGAUGCUUUCCGUUGGAUGAGAUCAUACUUAAUACGAACAUAAGGGGAUUGAUUUUCUCCUUUGCUGUCAACAAUGGUGAGGGCAACUUGGCUAAUAAGAUUUACGCUUUUAAAGCCAAAAAUGUUAAAGCUCAGCACGAAUGGGUCGUUAAGCUAAAAGAAGCCAUAAACACAGUGAAAAUAACACUUGUGAGAAGCAACACGAGAGUUAGCUUCGGUGCAUCAACAGCGAGCAAGUUAAGAAGGAAGCUUGCGACCCCAAGAAUUAAAAUAACGAAUCCUACAGAAAAUGACUCAGAAUCUGACGAUGAUGUGUGCGCGUCCAAACAAUACUGGAUUAACAGACGCAAAAAUAAAUACAAAAAGUUCUCUUCAAAUCGAGAACUGAAGACAUUCCAUACUAAAAUCUCAGGUAGUCUUUCCGAUGGAGAAGAAACGAGUAAUAUUCGUCACGGGAUGGCUCCUCUCACUGUUUGGAGCUUCUUCCAAAAGUUUGAGGUUGUAUACAAGCUGCUUCGGAGGGACAGCGGAGAGUCGUCAAAAUCAACUGACUUCGGAUGGGUGUCCGAUGAGAAAAAUUAUGGUCCCAACAUGAAUGUUGUAGAACUUAACUACAUUGAAGGACUACGAGAACAACUGGGAAGACUUCUGGAUCCGAAUGUCGCGAAACCUCCCAAGCAAAUCCAAAAAGAUCUUCGACGCAUAUACCAGUUGCACAUCGAAAAAAUAAAGCCUGCAUUCGAUGAAGUUGAAGCAAUGGAGUUAGAAACUGAGUUUCUUAGAACCAUCACCAGGCAUGGAGAAGAUAUUUCAUCUGUAUACUGUGACUUUCUUAUAAAUCGAUGCACAUACCAUGACGAAAUUUUGGAUAUGUGCCUGGAAGACAAGUGCAUUAAGCCCAUCGAUCACUUCCUAAAGUACUGUACGAACGUCAUCUUAAUGCAAGAAGACAGAGGAUUCGACGACGCUCUAAUCAACACAGCGGCCGAAGUGCUUCACCACACCAUCACCGCUGCAAACAACUACUUGAUGGCCGAAUGCAUCAACAAUGUCCCAUUCGCACUCAGCACGUGCGAACCGAUAUUGCUUGUGAGUAAAAUGAAAGUCAAGAUCGACAACCGUUCGAAAAACGAAUGUCAAGUCGUUCUCGUCAAAGAUCAGUUGUUCAUCCUGGAGAUUGUGCCUCCUUUGUACAAUUAUAUCUGUACACUGAGAUUGGACAGCGUAAGUUUGGGUCCUAUGACCAAUCGGUUUCAGUUUGAAUUGGAGUUGAGCGUUUCGUCCGCCGUGAGACGGACGUACAGCUUCAGAGCUCAAAAUGAACAAAUAGUUUUGCAGUGGACGAACGAGAUCCGACGGAUUCUCUUUAGCCAAGCUGAAAACUUGAAGAAGAGUGUCCAGCAAAGGCUGGAUGAAGCUCCAACACUACAGGUAGGCGUACAUAAUUUGCAUCUCGACGUCGCACGGUCACCCUCUAUGCCCAAGAAGAACUCUUUUUUUCAUGUUGAUCUUAAAGAAACUAAUCUUUAAUGACAAGUUCACCGUUUCUAAAAAAAAAACAGAAAUUAUUCCAGCAUCAUUCCGAUCAGUUCUGAUCCAAUUAUCAUUGUUAUUGCCGAUUUUCCGAGCCAAACGUCCACCCGACACGGUCAAGUUUAAGUAAACUAUUGUGCAAGAUCGGUCAAUAAAUUGAGAUUUUUAAUGCAAAAAUUACUUUCAAUCAGAGU